AUGACCUGAGUCGAAAUCAAGAGUUAGACAUUCAAGCGACUGAGGCACCCAGGUGCCCCUGUGUAAGCAAUGUUAAAAAUUAGCCCAGUGGAGAGGAAAGGGUUUCAUGAGGCACCAAACUGCUUGUCCCUCUGGGUCCUCCGUGAGUUGGGGACUCAGCUGGGAUAUUCUACGGCAAGCUCUUGGUCCUUUUUCUGGGGACCAACUGGGGAGGCAUUUCUCUGGGUCUUCUCUCUGCCUGCCAGGAUCCUGUGCUCUCUGGGUGUUCCAGCCCCCUGAGAUUCGUACCCAGGUGGGCACCGCUGCUCUCUUGCCCUGCUCCUUCAAUGCCAGCCGAGGGAGACUGGCCAUUGGCUCUGUCACGUGGUACCGGGACAAGGUGGCCCCAGGGAAGGAAGUGAGGAACGAGACGCCAGAAUUCAGGGGCCGCCUGGCUCCUCUUGCCUCUUCCCGUUUCCUCUGUGACCACCAGGCUGAGCUGCACAUCUGGGAUGCCCAAGACUGUGACACUGGAGUCUACGUGUGCAGGGUGGAGGUGCUGGGUCUUGGUGCUGGAACAGGGAAUGGGACUCUCCUGGUGGUAGAGAAAGGUCCCCCCUUACCAAGCCCUCCCUUCUACUGCCCACAUUCAGAACCUCCUUGGCUAGGGGACAGCACAGUCCUCCUCCUUCGGGCUGCAUUCUAUGCCUUCAGCUUUAUCUUUGUGGCCAUGGGCAGCACCAUCUAUUACCAAGGCAAAUGCCACUGUCACCUGGCAAAAUGCUGCCACUCCUCAGAUGGGCUCCGAUGAGAGAUUCCAGACCCCAGCCAUCUCAACUCUCUUCAAGAGACCCCAAUAAAUCCUCCUCUGCCCCACCGCUAACUCC